AUGGUGGCUGAUAGCCCAGAGAAAUGGCAUGAAAAGUUAGGCGAUACUCUUUGGGCUUACAGAACUUCAAAAAGGACAGGAACUGGAAUUACUCCUUAUGCAUUAGCAUUCGGGUUCGGGCAAGAUGCAGUACUGCCUAUGGAAAUCAAUGUUAGCUCUUUGAGAAUACAUAACCAAUUUGAUCUACAUAGUUAUGAGUUUGUACAAACCAUAUGUCAGGGGGUUAAAGAUUUAGAUGUUUCCUGCAUUGAAACUCUAAACAAGAUCCAAGAAGGGAAAAGAGCUGUUGCCCGAGCAUAUAACAAGAGAGUAAAAUUGAAAUCUUUUGAAGAAGAAGAGCUACUGUGGAAGACAAUCCUACCAUUGGGGGUUCAACUUAGAGGAUUUGGGAAGUGGAGUCCUACUUGGGAAGGCCCCUUUAUGAUUCUCAAAGUAUUAGAUAAGGGGGCAUAUUACUUGGUAGAUCUAGAAGAAAGUUCACAAAAACAUCCAAUCAGUGCUAAGUUCUUAAAAAAGUAUCACCCAACUCUUUGGGAUGCUAGAGACUGUUACAUUGAUGAAGUUUGA